CGAAAGUAAACUCUUGUCUCUCUCGUAUUUUCAUAGGCUGUUAACGGCUCGUAGAAAAUGGAAAUCAUCGUGAAAAACAAACUUAAACUGAUCAAAUGGCUCAGUUUGGAUCAUGUUUUUAUUUUGCAACAUGUUCAAGCUAAUCAACUUAUAACAUCGCUUCAUUACAGAGAACUGAUGGACAUGACCGGUAAAGACAGAGUCGUUAUCAAACUUCUGGACAUUAUCAUUGGAAAUGGUGAAAAUGUGUGUCGAAAUUUUUUGAAUUUGUUAAAAAAUGAUGAUGUGAAUGAAUUGUAUCCUGAGCUCAGAGAAUGGACCAAAACAGUGGACACUAAAGACCUAAAAGCAGAAAAAGACUGCAAAGAACGUGGAGAAAGUAGUAACAGGCCAAUACAAGAGACUGCCACCACGACAAGACAACCAGGCAUCAAAGUAAACAGCAACAUCUCUGCAUCUGAUGGCAGCGUUGUAUAUUCUCCAAUAAUAACUGGUGCAAGUCUAGGCUCCAUUGAAAUGAAUAUGACUCUUGCACCCUUAUCCCUGACCAGAAGUGACCAGAAACCUGGUAGAGAGUGUGAACAUAGGACAAUACAAGAUUAUGAGAAGUUUCUAAAAGAAAACACCAGUCUGCUGGUUCAAAGAGUGAAGAACAUUGAUCCAGUUAUUGAUGAUCUUGACCUACAUGUUGAAUCAGUUGCAAAUGUGAGAGCGAAGCCAACAGAUCAAAACAAGAUGAGGGAACUGCUCACCUAUGUGAAUUGUGAAAGCAUUGCUAAGGACCUGUUCAACGCUCUGUGCAAGCAUGAAAAACAUCUAAUGAAUGAACUACUGAGCAGCUACUAGUUGUAUUGUUUACCCACCAGAUUACUGUCAAUGCCAAUAAUACAUUUUUAUAAAGUUUUUUUUUAAAGUGA